CUUGGGUGUUUUUUUUUUCUCCACGCAGUUGCAGCAGGACGAAGCACUCGAGGCCAGGGGCGGUCAUUUCUCCAGUGGUGGACGGUGCGGGAGAAUGCCGAAGAGGCAGGCGCGACUGAACCGAACAAGCCACGCAAGUUUCGCCAGGUCGUCGGGAACGCCAAUAAAGAUGCCGCAGCACCGACGAAUUGCGGUGAAGGCACUUCGUUUCACCAGUCAUGGACGGUGGAUCCUUCCGAGGAGGCGGGCGAUUCCGAGCCAAGCGGGCAUCCUUUCUUACAAGGUGUCGGAGAGAGUGGUGCUCGAGUUUACAGGAACGGGAAGCGGAAAGAACCGCUUCACUGCAGCCUGUGUCCAUACGCGACACACUAUUCGACCCACUUCAAGGACCACAUGCGGGUUCACAGUGGAGAGAAGCCCUUCAAGUGUACAAAGUGCCCAGCCUCGUUCACACAGAGGGCACACUGUCAGCGGCACUUGGUCACCCACGAACCCAAGAAGCCUCACCAACGUGCUGCGCUUGCACGUGCCUCUAUUCGGAAAGCGAGGGGCAUGGAAUGCUGCAAUCAGCCAAGAAAACAUGUGCUUGGAGCAGGACGAAGCGUUCGAGGCAAGGGCAGAUCAUUUCUGCAGCUAUGGUCGGCGACGGAAAAUUCUGAAGAGGCAGCCGAGACUGAAGGGAUCAGGCCACGCAAGUUUCGCCCGGUCUUCGGGAGUUCCAUUGCAGCUGCCACUGCUCGGGAAAGGAAAUGUGGAAAGAGGAAAGAUCCAUUCCUUUGCAACCUUUGCCCAUACACCACGCACUAUGUGACCCACAUGAAAGACCACAUGCGAAUGCAUAAGGGGGAGAAGCCCUUCAAGUGCACCAAGUGCCCCGCUGCGUUCACCCAGGCGGCAAAUUGUCGGCGCCACAUACGCACCCAUGAUUCCGAGAAAGCCCCGGUGACAUGAUUUCGUGUUCGUACGCUCAUGCUUUGAGUGGCAGUUGUGCUCUGUGGAGAUGGGCACAAAGGAAUGCGUUAACAGGUGUUGUAAACACAACAUAAAGGAUGUCGCUGCUCUAGAGCGAGUUAUACAAGACAACAAAGAUACAUGAACAGCAAGCAUGGUGCAGUGGAAUCUCGAUACGAUUCUUCAUAAUACGUUUUUCGUGAUGUUUUUUUCUCUUAUAUACGAGUUUUUUAUUUACAAUUAUUUUCGGAUAAUAGGAUUUUCGGAUAUGUUUUAUUUUCAGGUUCCCGUGAAGGUUGUAUCAACGAGAUUCCACUGUAAUUGCUCGUUUCAGUCUGGUGAGAUAGAAACGGGCCCUGUGUAGGAGAAACUUAAGUCCGGAGAACUCUGAGCUUUGACGUAGCUGUUAUCCAGUUAUUCGUGCUCCAGUGUUAAUAGGCGAAUACUAUGUGGAGCCAUGUAGAAAUAAUAGAGUGACGAAGGCACACUUACAAUAAACGCAGGCUCUGCCAUUUGUCAUAUUAAUUGAAAGAAGGGUGCCAAUGGGAGCCACCAGCCACCAGAAUGAGGACAAUGAAAUGUGCAGUGGUUUGUGUUGUCUACAUGGGAAGCAUUAUUAAAGGAUAUCUGUAUGGCAAGCUGUUACUUAUAAUCAAAUUCGUGACAGUUUGUGUGCUUGUGCCCAUCUCUUCAUGCUGGAGCACUCAAAUUCCAGUAGCAGUGUAUCAAUUAACCUGGAAGUUCUUUUGAAAUAAAGCAACUUAAAAAGCAUGCAUGCUAAUCUUGUAUUCCAAUUUUGCAUUGCCCACCACUAGCUUGUUGCACUACAUGGACUUGAUUGCAUAAAAAAAUGUCGCAGUUUCACCCGAAAAUUGUAGCAUUGAUUGUGAUAACAAAGUGUUAAACAACAACACGAAGCAAGGCUCGUAGUUUCGUUGGUCAUAAAAAUUGCAGUGAACAUUUCCUGUACCCACAGCAGAUUACCUCCAAGAUAGGCUUGCACAGUCGUGCUCAAUUGCUAUUCGCAGCCGCCCCCUACUAGAAGAAACGUGCCAACCGGCCAGCUCCCCCGCUUCUAGCGUGCACUCACCUUACCGCUUCCCCACUUGCGCUUACAAGGAGACCACACGCAUUCGCCCCACCCCCCUCCCUGCACGUGAGACGCCCCCUCACCAACCGGAAUCCUCAUCUCUGCCUUACACCUACAGCACACGGUGCGAGGCCACGAUCUUAUCACACUUAAACUUUACACGGAACAUUACGGUGACAGUGACACCAAUGACGAUGGCGGCAAUUUGUGUGCAGCGUCCACGUAAUUGCUAUCGCGAAAAAUUGUUGGCUUGCGGUAGACAUAGGUAGUCAUUUUAUUGCGAUAGCAAUUAUGUGGGCACUCCAGGUGCAGUUCUGCUGUGGCCGUGAUGUUCCGUAUAAAGUCUAAGGGCAACAGCGUCAUCCAUGCGAGCUGUAUGCUGUAUGUGAGUGAAAGCGUGCGAGAGUGAGCCGACGGCGGCUCUAUCUCGCACGCGCAAGGGAGGAAAGCGGGAAGUGUGCCGUUUUCUGUCGCAUGCAAGGCACCGGAGGGAGUGGAGGGAGGUGUUCUACUCCGGUGGCUGUUGUGUAUGGCACGGCAGCGCGGGCCCUAUCUUAAAAGCAACCUGGGAUGGGGAAAGAGUCCAGGCAUCUAGGCGCACCGACAGCCGAUAGCUUUGUGUGCGCUAUGUUCUCUCCGCUUAGUUCACAUUGAAGCGAGAGGCAGCACAAAGGUCAAUUCGCUCGCUCACUCCAGCAUUUUGACAGCGAGUUUAUUGUGGUCAUCGAGUGAGAUGUGUUCAUGUUUGUUUGCGGGUGUGGGACACCAUGCUUGAUAAUUUAGUAAGCUAAUGUUCACAAGUUUAUACAGCUGAUAAACUACUACCCUUACUUCGUAUAGCUGUCUACAAAUUUGCGAUCACAAUCGAUGCUUCGCCUUUUGGCCGAACUUUUUCUUUCUUUUUUUUUACCUCUCUGAAUAGUAUUGGUCUGGAGCACAAUGUUGUUAUAGCUAUGUAUUUCAUUACUCUGUCACCAAUUGAACUGUUUGAAUGAAUUUCUCAAGGGAGCUAUGUAUAUAAGGAUAAAUACUAUUGAAAAUAAAUUAACAUUGCUUGUCUUUCUGUAAGCUUUAACGUUUUCUCAACUUGCACUUUGUUGUAAAAAAAAUGUCUCGACAUCUGCAAGCACAGCCUGAAAGAGGCUUUUGCAAAAUUGUCUGAUAUUGAAUCUAUGUUUAUGCGUGAGUGACUGCAUUUAAGUGAAAAUGUUUUUGCUUUGUCUGAAUAAAGACAUCCUUGCAGUGCUUUCAGA